AUGAAGUUCUCCCUGAAAGUUGCUGCCCUCGGUGCCCUCCUGGCCUCAGUCGCCAUUGCUGCCCCCGUCGAAGUCGAAAAGCGCGAUGCCAACUCUGACCGCAUUGCUGCCUGUUUCGUUGCUCUUAUCUUUACUGGUGCAUGGCCCGGAAGCUGCCAGGCUGCUGUUUCUGUCAGCACCGGUUUGAUCCAAGCUAUCAAGAUCAACCAGAUGUCCAUGGACUUUACCCCCGCCAACCCCUGGGCACCCACCACCUCGUCUAACAGCGUCGUUGCCACCAUGCUCUCCAUCCCAGGCAUCACCCUCCCCAUCAACUCUGUCCGCCAGCACAUCAUCAUCACCGAUGGCGAUGUUCAGCUGGGCAACAUUGACACCCCAUGGUCCACCGCAAGCGUCCAAGGAAGCACCCUCACCACCGCCUUCCCCAGUUCAGCUCUCAACAUCUUUCCCAACGCCCACACAGCAUUCUCAAACUUUGUCAGCACCCUCUCCACCUCUACCACCCACGAUGUCAUUCUCCAGGGCGCCGUCGACGUCAAGCUCAACCUCGGCAUCUUUGGCGCACUGACCAUCCCCGACAUUGGCUUCAAGACCACCACCACCUUCCAGGGCCUCAACGGCUUGAAAACUGUCGACUAUAUCUUCCUGGUCGACACCGACAUGGACACCGUCUUUGGUACCAUCUUCAUGUCCGCCAUCGUCAACAUCAAGAACCCGUCCAACUUGUCCCUCACACUUGGAACUGUCACUUUCAACACCACCUACAACGGCGAGUACGUCGGCCCCUCGACUAUCAAGAACAUGGUCCUCGUCCCCGGAAACAACUACCUCAUCUCUUCCACCACCCUCGACACCUCCAUCACGGGCGUCACCGACCUCUUGAACCACCUCGGCUCCGGCGACUCACUUCUGACCUUGUCCACCGACGCCAACACCUCUGCCAACGUCGCCCUCAACGCCGGCCUUGCCGCCGUCAAGUCCCAAAUGACCAUCCCCCAGAACUUUGGUUCCUCUGCCAUGUCCCAACCCCCUUACAAGAACUGGUCCCUCAAACUCCUCCCCACAACCCCAACCGACUACGUCUUCCAGGCCACCGCCACUUUCCAGUCGCCCUACUACGGUUACCCUCUGCAGAUGGUUCAUGCCCUCCCACAGUACCAGGACAACUAUAUCCAGGCACUCGGCAUCAGCAACGACAGCAAUCAACUGCGUCUGUUCGACUUCCUUGACACCCUGACCUAUAACAUCAACGGCGAUGGCACCGCUACUGUUACGUUCAACAUGAAGCUCAACAAGGGCGGCAUCACCCGCAAGCCUGUCCUCCAAAAGGUCGUCGACUUUGCCAACGCCAACGGGUAUAUUACGACCGAGUUCAUGUGGUAUGCAGAGGUUAUUCUCAACAACGACGGCGUCCACCGCCUUGUCGAUUGGAGCAACCUCGGAAUCGGCGCCUCGAACCCUAUCCGGAUCAACGUCGGCCCCGACUUUGCCGCCAUCAUGACAAUCACCUGA